AUUUCGACCCUUUCUUGGAGCUGCAGAAUUGGAUACCCUUUCCAGUAUAUUCUCUCUCAUCAGUUGUGGAAAUCAAUUGAAGCUAAGCAAGCAGAAAUGGAAAAAGUGGUGAUUGAUGGGUCAGAGUCAGAGGUGGUGGUGGGUGAUGCUCACUCCCUCCAAAACAAAAUCUCUGCUAUUCGCACUUCAGGAUCUUCAAAGCUCCAGGUAAUUGCGGAUUUUGAUGGGACCUUAACCAAAUACUGGAUAAAUGGACAUCGAGGGCAAAGCAGUCAUAGCCUUUUGCAGCAGGAUGAUCCGGAAUACAACAUGAAGAAGCAGAAAUUAGCUGAGUAUUAUCAUCCCUUAGAAUUCAACCCAGCAAUACCGCUUGAUGAGAAAACGAAGCUCAUGGAAGAAUGGUGGGGAAAGACACAUGACCUUCUUAUUGAAGGAGGUCUUACAUAUGACGCUAUUAGGAAUUCUGUUGCGAAUGCCAACAUUGCUUUCAGAGAUGGCGUUGUCGAGUUUUUUGAACUUCUAGAGGAGAGAAACGUGCCUGUUCUUAUAUUUUCUGCUGGUCUAGCUGACAUAAUAGAGGAGGUGCUAAGGCAGAAACUUCGUAGAUCGUUUAAGAACAUCAGGGUUGUAUCCAACAGGAUGGUGUUUGAUGAGAACGGGCACUUACUGCGUUUUAAAGGUAAGACGAUUCAUGUUCUUAACAAGAACGAGCAUGCACUCGACAUGGCUGAGCCUCUUCACGAGCAAUUUGGUGAAGAAGACGACAAGGGAAUAAUGAUAAACGACGAGGAGGAAUCUGCCCUAAAGCAGAGGACUAAUGUUUUGCUUCUUGGUGACCACACUGGAGACUUGAGAAUGUCUGAUGGCCUGAAUUAUGAAACCCGAAUUUCGGUUGGUUUUAUCAACCACAACGUUGAGGCUUCCCUCGAUGGCUACAAGAAAGCCUUCGACGUCCUCUAUCUGAACGAUGCAAGCAUGCAUGGAGUAGUGAAGCUGGCUUCUCAUCUGUGUUCUACAUGAACAAGCUAAGGGCUAAACUGCAGUCUGCAACCCCAUGACAGGAAUGCAAAGCUUUGUAUGUGUUGGUCUGGAUAUAUGCAUUUCCUGGUGAUUGCUUUUUCUUGUAACUUUCUCAUUAUAAAGAGUACCAUUAUUUGUCUGUAAAAAUGAUGGAUACCUGCUAAAAUUUGGGGAUGCAUGUUUUUAUAUAUAUUCUUCUGUCAAAUAUGCAUUGUAAUUUGUGAAA